CCGCGCAAGUUAAACAUUCUUUUACGGAGUUAAAUGCAGCUAGCUAGACUCGGUGGCCAAUACCAAGUUGUUAAAAUGCGACUUUUAAGUACUUUUUGGUAAUGCUGUAUUCGUCAUGUCUCUAUAUUUUAAGUUCUGUACAAGGGUCCUUGUAGGGUCACAUUUUACUAGUUGUAUUAUCUUGUGGACUAACGUUUACGUUAGCUUAAUUAGCUAGCCAGUUAACUAGUGUUGUCAGUGGUAACCUAGCAGCCGAAUCGUCACAUCAUGGGAACCUCAGGAUGGUUGUUUACUGUCAUUUUAACUCUCCUGUAACGUAAACGUUAGCCCAUAUUCUCCGUCUGGCAUAUUUAACUCAUCUUACUGAGCGAUGUAAAAUAACUGACAUUUGGUUUAAACCUUUAACUUAAAAAUCAAACCGUCUAGCUAACUUAAAAGUUAAUUCAUGACCACAGGUGGAGUUGCUUGAUCUCCGAAUUUCUUGUAACGUUACCUUAGUUUGUGGAGUAACGUUAACAUGACGUUACCUAAACGUAACCACAAAUGUAACGUUAGCUAACUACACACAUUUCAGUGUAAGCUAGCGUCUGUGCGACCAGUAACAUUGUGUAGCUAGCUAGCUAGUUAUCACUUAACCUAAGUGUCUGCUCAAUUCUUGGUUAAAUCUUUACAAACACGCUAUGGCCAAGAUGCCUGCUGCUUUUAAGUGGGAUAAAGUGACGAGAAUUGACCCAGCGAGCCUCCUUGAAUGUGAAAAAGACCAAGUGGACGAGGUCUUCGACAUGUUCGUUUCGACAGAGGAAUGGGAGGUGAAGGAUAAAUCUCCGGAGAACAUUAGUCAAGUCUUCAGAGUGUUUCAGACCCUAUUGAAGAUUAAGGAUCGGGAAGUUACCAUUGCUUACAACUUUCUCGAGGACACUGGUGUGAAGCAUGCUAAAACCGAAAAGGAACUCCAAGCCAGGGUGUUGAGGCUGGAACAAGAGCACACGCACUCCGGCACAGGGCCAGACACCCGCUUUCUGAGAGAUGAGAUUCGGCAGCUCGAGACCCAGCUGGAGCAGAGAGAGAAGGAGUUGACCCAUUUAAAGAAAGAAAUGGGCAAGGAAAAGAGAACCAACGAAGAGUUGGUUGUGCGAGCAGAGGAGGCUGAGAAUGAGGUCAAGAAGCUGAAAAGAGAGAAUGAGCAGCUCGAGCAGGAUGUGGAAUUCUAUCGCGGAGAGCUGGACCAGAAAGAGCCAUUUCCAUCCAGAGACGAGAACGCAGAGGCCCAGAGGAAGCUCAACUUGGCCAACCGACAGCUCUACCAGUGCUUGGAAGACCUUCAGCGAGCAGAGGAUGAAAACGUACACCUGAAGACACAGAAUGACCAGAUGCAGAAAAGUCUGGAGGAGUCUGUGAGGGAGAUGGAGAAGAUGACAGAUGAGUACAACAAGAUGAAGAUUGUUGUACAGCAGACUGACUCCAGUAUGGACCAGCUCAGGAAAGAAAGGGACCAUGCAAAGCUGCAAAUCAGUGAGUUGACAGAUAAGAUUCGUAGCAUGACGGAGGAUGAUGACCCGAUUAUGGCAGCAGUCAAUGCCAAAGUGGAGGAGUGGAAGAGAGUGCUAUCUGGGAAGGACGAUGAAAUUUUGGUGUACCAGCAGAUGAUCCGCGAUCUGAGGGACAAGCUGCGUUCAGCCCAGUUGGACUUGGACAAAAGCAACAUCAUUGCCUUGCAGCAGGCUGUCCAAGAGAGAGAUAAUCAAAUCAAAAUACUGAGUGAGCAGGUGGAGCAGUACACAGGGGAAAUGGAGAAGCACACCCUGCUCAUCGAGGAGCUAAAGACGUCCACAAAGAAAGGCAGAGGCCUACCAUCGUACAUACAGCAGAGAAAGAUGGAAGAACUAAAGACCAAGCUGGAAGCUGCAGAGACGAGAGCAGUGGAAGCGGUGCGGGCGGUGAAGCUUGUGGAAGCUCAUGCUGAAGAAAAAGACAAAGCACUCAUUGAGGCUUCAAACCGUUUGAGCCAGUAUGAAUCUGGCACUUAUGGCCUGGAAGCAGCCAUUGCAGAGAUCAAAGAGUGUAAAAAUCAGAUUAGAGUGAGAGAUCUUGAGGCAGAGGCCAUGACCAAAGAGAUCAACCAGCUUGAGCUGAGAAUCAAUGACCUCAUGGACGAAAACGAGGAUUUCCGAGAAAAACUAGGUCUGGAACCAAAGCAGGAAGUGGAUCUGACAGAGUUCAGGCGAGCCAAAGAUCUAAGACAACGCCAGUACAAAGCAGAAAACCAAGUCCUCACAAAAGAGAUUGAACAGCUUGAAGAAGAGAGACUGGAGCUAAAGAAACAAAUCCGAUGCAUUGUGAAGGAAAAAGGGAUCCCACGGUCAAGCUUGCUGCUGGAGGAGGAGGAUGUCAGGCCCAGCAGAACUGGACAGCUGCAACUUAAACAAAGCAGCACUUGCGCAGAUGAAGAGAUGCGACGCAAAAAUGAGUACCUAGAAAAAGAACUGAGCAAUAAGGAGAGGGAGCUGGAAUUUCAUAAGACCCAGUUUCACAUCAAAUUGGAUGAACUGUCAAAAGUGAAAAGAGACCUGGAGGGUGCGCUGAAAGAUGUCCUCCAAGCCAUGAGGAUUAACCAAGAGGCCACUCUAUCUGACUCUGCCAUCAACAUUCCCCGUCUUGAAAGGUUGGCUAAUGCUGUAGAUAUCGGCAACAUGAGCGUGCAGCCUGAGUCAGCCCUGCACCUAAAGUCCCAAAUACAUCAGCUGGUGGGGAGAAAUGAAGAACUAAGGCAGGAAUUGAAAUUGGCCCGGGAGGAAGCAACGAGCAGUUUCAGUCAGCAUGCCAGAGCCAAAGAAAAGAUGAGCCAACUGGAAGGUGAAUUGGAGCUGUUAAGGAGGUCAGGCAGCAGGGGAGUUGUCCUCCGACCUCUGACCCUCCCCGAGGGCCUGGUGCCCAGCAGCACUGAGGUUAUUAGUUCUCUGAAUGAGUAUGCUGUUCGACUUCUUCAGGAGCUCAAAAACAAGGAGGAAAAAAGCAAGACACUCGCAGCAACUCUGGAGGUAUACAAAGACAAGUUUUCUGUCAUUAGCCAUCAACAGGGACUCCUCUAUAAAGAAUAUCUAAGUGAGAAGGCCAAUUGGCAAAAGGAGAAAAAGACAUUAACAGAGAUGAAGAACAAGCUGGAGGAUCAACAGCAGGUGGAUGCUGUUAAAAUCCAAGAAUUCCACGAGCUGCUUGACACCCUUCAGAAGGACCCAGAGUUAAUCAGGAGACAGUUGAGCGAAGCAUUACGCACGUUGACUGUGCUGAAGGUUAAUGAGAAGAAACUGACGCGGCGCUAUAUCACCCUGCUGGAGCAAGAACAGCACCUCCGCAAGGAGAACGGCAAGCUGAAGGAUGAGAGCAGCCACAUGCAGGCCUCUGUCACCCAGAGGAUUGGCUACCUGCAGAGAUACAAGGAAAUGGCUGCAUAUAAGAUAGCAGCACUGCAGAAGGCAUUGGAUGAUAGUGUGCCCUCAUCAGACCUGGAGAGGGCUAACAAACAGUACACAGAGCUAACCAUCAAAUACAGAGACAUGCUACAGAGGGACAGCCACCUGAUGCAGAGAACCACCAACCUCGAACAUUUGGAGAGCGAGAAUGAGUCUCUGUGGGAGCAAAUCUCAGCCAUGAAUAAAGAACUGGAGAUCACAAAGGAGAAACUGAAUACUUUAGAGCAAGCAUGGGACAACAUUGAUGCAAUUGCAGGAGGUGCAAAUAGCAUGGAUAAGGCGGACAAAGCUUUGGCCAACAAAGAAAUGGUAUCUGCCGCCAGGCGCAUCACCACUCUAGAGAUGAAGGAGCUGAACGAGAGGCAGAGAGCUGAGCAUGCGCACAAAAUGUAUGAACACCUGAGGAACACCCUCAAGCAGGUGGAAGAACGUAACUUAGAACUGGAGUCCAAGUUUGCAGAGUUGACCAAGAUGAAUGUGGAGGCCCAGAGGGUGGAGCGGGAGCUGAGAGACGAGCUGGCAGACAGCACCAGCAAAGCUGUGAGCGAUGCUGACAGAGCCAGGAUUGCAGAGUUGGAGAAGGCCGAGGCUGAGCUGCGCAUCGAGGUUUCUAAGCUUCAAGAGGUGUCUGAUGUGGCCAUGAUGCAGGCAUCUGCUAUACAGGCCAGACAACAGUCCAAAGAGAAGGAAGUAGAAGCUUUGAGGAGACAAAUACUGGACUACCAGUCACAGUCUGAUGAGAAGGCCCUCAUUGCGAAGCUCCACCAGCACAUUGUGGCUCUGCAGCUCAGUGAGUCGGCUUCUUUGGCCAAGCUGGAGGCUGCCACCUCUCACAUCCAACAGCUGGAGGCCUACAAGCUGCGUGCUGAACAGCGACUGGAUGCCGGUGAGCGCACCCUGUUCCUCGCCCGCCAGGAGGGCAGAAAUCGCUCCAAGCACCUACGGCAGACCAUCCAGUCGCUACGUAGGCAAUUUGCCGGAGCACUGCCUCUUCCCCAGCAGGAAAAGUUCUCUGUGGCCAUUUUGAGCAUCCAGGAGGACAGAGCAAAAGCCCAGGAGGAGAAGAGGAAGGCCAUGGAGGAGAGGAGGAGGGCAGAGGGCAGGGCAGAAGAACUAGAACUGAGACUUCGAUGCCUGGAGGAGCUCAUGUCAACACUGAAGGAUGUGAAAGGGGCACAAAAGGUAACUGAGUGGCACAAGAAGAUGGAAGAGGCUCGUCUACAGGAGCUGAGGAAAGGCAGGGAGCUGGUGGUCCAGAAGGAGGAGAUCAGGUACCUGAAGAACCUAAUGGAAGAGCAGGAGCGAACUAUCCGCUCGCUGGAAGAGGAUAUUGUGCAGCGAAACAUGCUUCAAGAAGAGCGGCAGCUUGCAUAUGAUCAGCGAGAGGUGGAACUGGAGCGCCAGCUGGACCAGUACGAGAAGCACCAGAAUGAAAUUCUAAGCAGUGCGGAAAAGUAUGAGGAUGGUACAGGAUCCCUACCAGACCCGAGUCUACCUCUUGCUCAUCAGUUAGAGUUUGCUUUGGCUAAAAUCAGAGAGCAUGUCCGCAGCGUGUUGGACACACAGGCCACCUGCAAAAGUUUGAACGAGAAGUUGAAAGAGAAAGAAGCAGCUCUGUGGAAGGCAGAACAGAACAUUGUGUCCAGGGAUAGAGUUAUCAAUGAGCUGCGUCUUCGGCUCCCAGCUGCUGCCAACAGAGAACGCCUGCUAGCUGACGUUGCCAGUCAUGAAGAGGGCCAGUCAGACAAUCAGCCUACCCUCAAGCUGGCCCACCAGACCAUCAAAGACCUCCAGGGUCGACUUGACAAAAAAGAGGACGUGCUAAAGAAAUACCACAAGCAGUUGGCUCAAGCCAGACAGGAUCAGGAGGAGAUGAUAAAGAGACACCAGGAGGAGCUGAGAAUGUUGCAUCAGAAGUUGGACUUGCACACUGACACCUCCCUGGACCACUUCAGACAGACAGCAAUGGAAUUGAUGAAGAAGCCCACUAUCAGUGUGCCAACCACCAAGCAUUUGGAGCAUCUGGCUGAGUUGGAGCAGACAGUGGCUGAACAGGACAUCUCGCUCGCCUCUAUCACAGAGAAGCUGAAGCUGGCCACUGCUGAGCUGGAGCAACAGAGGGCCGCCAUGGAAACACUGGCUGAGAAACACGCUGACGAGAUGUCAAAGCUGGAGGGGUAUCAUGCUGCCCAGGUGAAAGCUCUGACUGGCGAGACUGAGGAUCAGACGGCCCAGAUGGCCCAGAUGGAGAAGGAGAUAAAGUACGUCCGAACUGAGCUGGCAGCCCAGAAGGAGGCCAAUGUCCGCUCCCCCAGCAACACCAUGAAAAGCCUGGUGGAACGACUGAAAGCACAGCUCACCCAGAAAGAGAAACAGCUUAAGGCUCUGAGUAAAGCUCUGUUGGAGCUGCGGGCAGAAAUGACGUCUGCUGCAGAGCAGCAAGUCAUAGCCAGCGCUGCACAAAAAGAGGAGAGUCUCAAUGUACAGAUGCUGGUUGACAGACACACCAAAGACCUAAAGGUGCGGGUGCAAGAACUCAAUGAAGAACUUCAAGCUGCAAAGGAGUUUGCCAAAGCUGCCAAAGGCCGGGAGAACACCCUGAAAGAGGAAGUGGACAGUCUAAACCAAGACCUCCAGAGGAGUCUGAAAACCCAGAGACGCCUGCAGGCUGAAAAGGAGGAGAGAGAGCAGGAAAUCCAGGAUCACAAGCAGCAAAUCAAGAGGCUCAGCAGCGCUCUUCAGAAUCAACCAGAACCAGAUGGAAAGGGGCCAACCAUCGAGAAUCUGCACAAGAAGAUCAGGAAGCUUGAGUGUGACUUGGAGAAAAAAGCAGAAAUGAAGGAUGAUCAUGGAAAGAACAAAGGCGAAAUUGUGCGUUGGGAGGAGGGUAAGAAGUGGCAGGCCAAGAUGGAAAAGGUGAAGAAUUCACUAAAGGAGAAGGAACGAGAGAAUGAAUCGCUGUCGAAACAGCUCGGCACUCUGAAAGACCUCUAUGCCAGACUGGAGCAAGAGAGGAGUGCACUGCAGAAGAAGCUGAAGGGUCGAGGUGUGACUGCCGAUCAGGUGGUGGGAGUGCGAUCCACUGAAUUGGAGAAGGAGAUGGAAGAGCUGAAGAAGAAGAACUCAGACCUGGAGACACAAAUCCUCACCAUAAAACAGCACCAGGCUUUACCUCGUGAUGAUGCCAUGGAGAAUCUGACCCUGAGGAACCGCUACCUGGAAGAGAGACUCCACUCCGUAGAGAGCCAGAUAUCCAAAGAGCCUUCAUCAAGGCCCUCUACUUCAGGUCGAGGCACUGGCACUCCCUCACAGAGAGAUCAGGACCUCCAAAAAGAAAACCUCAAGCUGGCCUCUGAGAACCUGGAGCUGCGCUUUCAGGUGGAGCAAGCCAACAAAGACUUACCAAGACUCAAGAAUCAAGUUGCAGACCUUAAGGAGAUGUGCAGUGCGCUGAAAAAGGAAAAGGCAGAGGUGGACAAAAAGCUGACCCAUAUACGUGGAUCCGGUCAAAGUGGUAAAACCGUACCUGAACUUGAGAAGACCAUUGGGUUGAUGAAGAAGGUGGUGGAGAGGGUGCAGAGGGAAAAUGAGAUGCUCAAGAAAUCCAGCACACCUGCAAAUCAAGACAAGGUCGCAGCCUUGGAGCAAGAAGCCGAAAAACUAAAGGCUGACUUUGAGAAACUAAAGAGUCAAAGUGAAGCUGAGCUGAGCUCCAAACUUGAAUCCAAAGCCAAAGGACUGGAGAAAAUAGUCAUGGAAAAUGAACGUCUACGCAAGGAGAUCAAAAGGGAGAUGGAAGCUGCAGAGAGGCUGAGAGUGACCAAGGCAACUCUGGAGGCGACCAACGAGAAGCUCGAGGCAGAGCUUGAAGAAACCAAGCUAAGACUGCGAGCAGCUCUGUCCAAAGCCAUCCCAGAGGGAGCCGACAGUAAAACCUGGAAGGCGUCAGUGGUAACAAGAAUGUUUGAGAACAAGAUGAAGGAGCUGGAGAAGGAGCUCUCCCAGAAGACCUCCAGUCUGUCUGAACUGAAACACCAGCUGAAGGAGGUGAACGAGCGCGAGGAGAGAGCUCAGAUAAACAUCCGGCAACUUGAAGAUCAGGUUGACAUGUUAAAAAGCUUCCCCGCUGCUGCAAAGACAGGAGGGGGACUCACCAGAGAGUUCCAGGCAAUGAGAAUGGUCAACACAGAGCUGGAGAAGGAGAACACCGAACUGAAACAACGGCUGAAGGAGUACACCGAGCGAUACGGUGCAACGACUUCUAAACCAGACUACGGGAAGCUCAAACAACUUCUGCAGGCAGCCCAAACGGAGAAAACAACGCUUCAAACUGAGAUCAUAAAGCUGAAGAAAGAACUGGAGAACUUUGACCCGACAUUUUUUGAAGAGAUUGAAGACUUAAAAUAUAACUACAAUUUGGAGGUGAAGAAGAACCUUCUGCUGGAGGAACAGCUGAAGAAGGUGUGCCAUCAGUUUGGUGUAAAACCUGAACUGCCCAACGUGUCCAUCGGUUAACUCAGGGUUACUGUGCCUUUUUUUAAAGACGUUAGGACUGUUAAAACUACACCUGAAUGUACUUUUAUGGUUAGCCAUCUUUCAAACUUUCCAGGUUGUUUUCAAUAUAGGUCUCUCAGACUGGGUAUCAACCCUUAAUACAGUGUUGGUCUUGAUGCAAGGUCUGUAUCAUUGAGUUUCUAAAACGCUCAGGCACCAAACGUUGGCAUCUGAAUGUGUGACUAGUAGGGAUGCACCAACAGGGAAUUUAAGGGCAAUUAUCAACAAGUAUCCUUUUUUUGUGUGGCUGAUACCAGUAAUAAUCUUACAACUGUGAAGAGGACAAUAAAUAUUGUUUCGAAUAUAAAAUAUUUAGAAAGCAUUCACCCAUCCUAGAAUAAAAAUACAUCAUUUUAUCAUAAACUUUUAAGUAUUUUUAUAUAUUUUUGUAACAUUUUCAAACGACGUCCAGCCCUAAAGGUCUCUGAAAAAUUCAACUUUAGAUAUUCAAUAUCUAUAUAGUAGCACUGUACUUGAUAAUGAAAAAGUCGCUUUUUCAGGACAGCCUGUAAAUAGUUUUCAUUGGAAAAGUCAAGUGAUGUAGUGAUGGAAUUUUUCUUCCAGGCAGCUAAUUUCUGUUAAUAUGUGGCUUAUUUAUUUCUCUGUAUUUGUACAGUUCUGACAUUGUUUUUCUAUGUCUUGUUAAAGUCGCUUUUAUAAUCAGAUAGUUGAAUAAAAAUCAGUUAAA